UGUGGCCAGUUGCCGAAAACAGUAGCUGCUGGGCACACUGCAUUUGUCAAGGAAACUUAUUUCUUUAAAUAGGAUUUUUGAAAUGGAAAUCCUGAAUGAAGACGCCUCGAAAGCGAUAUCAAAACCCCAGAAAACUGGCAUGUCCACGGGCGGCAAGAUCCUGAUAGCAGCCACCGGCGGUGUCGGCAUCGGCCUGUCCAUUGUGUGCGCCUCGUUUGUGGCGCCCGCCUUCAGACGGAUUUGUUUACCUUACGUGCCGGCCACCACGGAACAAAUCCAGAAUGUGCUCAGCUUCCUGCCCAGGAAUGCCGGCGGCAAGCUACUGGACAUUGGCUCCGGCGACGGUCGCAUUGUGGUGGCGGCGGCCCAGCACCACCGGGGUCUGAAAACCGACGGCGUGGAGCUGAAUCCCUGGCUAGUCUACUACUCCCGCCUGGCUGCCCUCCGUCACGGGGUCUCAAAACAGACGAGCUUCUUCCGCCGCGACCUGUGGAAGUUCGACAUAAAGGACUACAACUUUGUGGUCAUCUUCGGAGUGGAACAGAUGAUGCAGGACCUGGAGCACAAGCUGAUCGCCGAGUGUCCACACAACACGAAGAUCAUCGCCUGCCGCUUCCCCUUGCCCAGUAUGCAGCACGUAAAAAUCAUCGAGGACGGCGUGAACACCGUGUGGUUCUAUGAUCUCGACAAACCAAGUGGGAGCAGCUAAUAAAAGGCUGGGGAUAGUUGUUA